UCAUUUUUUGGUGUUUGUGAGAACAACGGUGAUUUCAGGACGACCUCUCAUCCAUACAAGGUUAAUUUUCAAAUGCAUACCAGUGUUAGGCUUAUGGCUAACACCCCCAUCACAGGAAAACCUUUUACCUUCAUGCCUCUAUCUGAUGUUGUCUUCAAGGAUCCUGACACAUCCUUCCUCAUAGAUGUCAUAGGUAUCUUGACUGGCUCCUCUGGUGAGCAGGAGUUUGAGAAGCAUGGUAAAGUGCAAAAGAGGAUCACACUAGAAAUUGAACAGGAAGGAGUUCGUGUCGAGGCAGCUUUUUUUGGAAAAUAUGUGGAUGAAAUUGUUGGGCAAUUGGCUUCUGGGGAUAUGACGAACGCUGUAGUUGUUGUCCAAUUUGCGAAGAUAAAACCUUUUAAAUGUUUUUUUUUUGUUUUUCGUUUGUUUGUUCUUUUGUAAAUCAUUCUCCUUAAUUAAAUUCGUAUGGCGU